AUGGAUCCACGGCUGACGGAGGUGACACAGCUGUUUGGACGGUUCAAGGCCGCCUUCGUGAGGAGCGAUUUCUCAUCCUGCGACAAGUUGCUCUCCCAGCUGAAGGUAUUUCUUAAUAUUUAUUACUAUUUUUUUUUCUUUUAUUCCGGGGCGAGGGAAGACCAGCGUGAUGCACGUAAACCCAAUUUGAUGGGUAAAUCUGGAGAAUACAAACUAGUCGUGACGCUGGGUCUUAGAAGGAUGUUUGCGUCAGCGAUGAUUUUAUGUGACGAUGUGUUUUGGUCAUUUUUUUGAUGAGAAAGGGUCUCCGCGUGAAUUUGUUCUCGCGCUUAGUGUUUGCUUCUUUUGGCGGUGAAAUCUGUUUGGAUUAUCCAGGAAAUUCGGUUAGGUCCACGUAACUACUGCUAAGUCUUCGAUUUAUAGGCGGAAAUACUCUCCCUUGUGGGUAAGGUUGCCAUUCUUUGGCUAAAUGAGGUGCAUUUCUGCAGUGGAAGAAUGGGUUAAGUUGGUCGAAUUUUUUUCAUGUUCUCAUAUUGCCUGAUCUGGAGAGUGGUUAUCAGGUAGUGUACCGGGUACAAGGACACAUUUCACAAUGAUGUUUUGUUCCUGUUUCAUCUAAAAGAUCACACCCUACGGCAUGAUUCUGUUUUUAAUCGGGAGACAUUAAGCUCGAAUUUCUAUCAAGAGGAAGAAGAGUCGAGGAAAAAACAUUUCUCAAAUAGCUCAGUGCCAUCAUUGAAAAGAAUCAUCAAACGAGAAUGAAAGAGCUGUGACACACCUUUUUGGACGACUUGAUGGAGAUAAGCCAUAAUGCCGAUAUUAUUUUUCGUUCCCAGUAAAUUGAUCUGCUAUAAACGUUGCCUUACCACUGUUGAAGCAAGGAUAGUUGUCUUUUAAAACAGAUUGGUCAAAUACUCUGUGACUUGGACUCAAACCCUUGUUCAGCGUGCUAAUGUAGUUGGAAUGCUUCAACAGCUGACAUUCAACUAGUUUUUUUCCUCCAAAGAAAGAGGGGACUGCAUGCCUUGUGGUAAUUGAGGACAAAUUAAAGAACCACAACACAUUGCUGAUGUUGAAAUAUUAAGGCGCAGAAGAUAGUCAUGUGUAAAGUUUUGAACGGUGGAUUUUCUUGAACUUUUUAACUAGAAUGCUCAAUUUUCCCUAGUACAUCAUAUGGAUGUUCCAUACGAUGCCUUCUUCACUAGACAAACGUUAACUUGAAAACUUGGAAUUUUUUAGAUAGAAAAGUUGUAAGGAGUGUGGCAAAAUAGAAGUUGACACUAUACCAAUUGGUGCUAGAUGAAUUUUAUUCGAAGCAGUCAUUACUAUGUUGAAUAACCACUUUCAGAAUUUUUCAAAGUCUUGCACCUCAAUUUGGAGAGAGUUUUGGGUGUUAGGGGGCCACAUUAUUCAAUGUUAGAUUCCUAGUUGAUCGUUUUUAUUCUCUUCUUGUUCGGUUUAGUCACAUAGUCAACAGAUAAGUGUUAGAAAAUUUACUUCAAAAUGAUAUAUGUGAUGAUGUUGACAUAGUUUUGUCUCAAUUCAUUGAAAGGAACUGAUAAACUCGUAAAAUAUGAAAAAUGAUUGGGCUGUGGGGGUGGGAUGACAAAGGUCUAUAUUUGGUAAAUAUCAUGUAUCAUAUCAUUGAAGCAAAUAUGGUGAAUGAUACCAAGGUCUGAUGAAUGAUAUUUCCCAAAUAUGGACCUUUGUCACCUGACUCCCAUGGCCCAAUCAUUUUUCCUAUUUUACGAGCUUAUCAGUUCGUUUUGAUAAAUUGGGACAAAAUUAUGUCAACAUCAUCAUAUAUAUCAUUUUGAAGCAAAAUUUCUAACACUUAUCUGUUGACUAUGCAAGAAGAGAGUAAAAAUGGUCAACUAAGAAUCUAACAUUGAAUAAUGUGGCCCCCUAACAUCCAAAACUCUCUCUAACUUGAGGUGUAAGACUUUGAAAAAUUCUGAAAGUGAUUAUCCAACAUAGUAAUGGCUGCUUCGAAUGAAAUUCAUUUAGCACUAAUUGAUAUAGUGUCAACUUCUAUUUUUCCACACUCCUUAGAACUUUCCUAUCUAAAAAUUUUCAAGUUUUCAGGUUAAUGUUUGUCUAGUGAAGAAGGCCCAAGGUAUGAUGAGCCAUUAGAGACUUAAAGUCUACUGGUUUGUAAAUUUACAGUUCUCUCUAUUGGCAGUCAACGCUGACAAUAUUUAGAUACUGGUAAAUUUUAGUUUUUAAUGACAUAAACAAAGCAUAUAGUUGUUAAGGAGCUGCUGGUACCCCUCCUCCUCCUAGAAAAGGGGAGGAGAAGGUAGCCUUGGCUCCAUAUUUUUUUCAAAACGAAGUCUUAUCAGCCUAUUGGCUAAUACUUCAGUAUGGUUUCUGCUCUUAUUGUGUCACAUGGUGUUUUCAUGUCUGUUUAUUUACUAUUAUAUUAUUUUCCAUAUCCUUUUCUUCGCAUUUUUUUCUGAAAGGUUGUGAAAAUGGUUGGGCGACUUUAUCUAACCUUUUGUUAUGUUUGAAGGUACUGUUGACAAAGUUUCCAAGCCUUCCACCAUCGUUUCAGGAGUCACCUAAUGCUAUUCAGGAGCUGACAAUUGCAAGUAAGGCAUUCUCUACAAAUUAGGGAGUAAUGUUCUUCCAGGCUCCUACCUUUUACCUUUGGCGCAGAUACUCGUUGAUUGAAAACUAAAGGAGGGGGUAAUCUUCUCACUACAGAUCAAUAAGCCUCUGGCAGCCUUGGUUUGAAUGGAUCUGGUCCUAAUCUGGUUCACUUGAAGUUAAUCCCAGUUUGGUUCGACUCCAAUCAUCCUAAUGCCACAAGUGGGUGGGAGAAUAUCAGUCUCCAUGGGAUGCUAAUGUACAUUGACCCACAAUCCUCUUUCCGUUUUCAGCCUCAGGAAACACACAAGACCUUAAUUUUUUUUUCACCUUUUUGUUGCAAUUCCCCAGUCAGAGUCUUUAUCACCGAGUGAAGGGGCUUCGUCUGAACUAUAUAAUUCUUGCAAACCCUUUGCCUUUCUUUGAAAUUCUUUUCAGAUGAUUUACAUGACUGUCUUUUGUAAUUAUAUCUCCAUUUUUCUGGAGUCAUCUUUACUUAUGUUUAAUGUAGCUUCUAUACUUGCUGUUUUAUAAAGAUUUCUGGUUAUCCACUUUUGUAGCUGUCGAUAUUACAUUUUCUGAAGCCCUGAAUGUCUACUCUUUUUCCGAUCCUUCUUCUGGAGGGAAAGAACUUUCAUCCUCUGUUUUUAUGAGCAAUUUACAGUCAUUGGUUAUUCUUGAUGAAAUUUCGUGUUGCAUGUUUCAUGCUUUUCUAGCUUUCCAGUUUUUAAUGAACUCUUGUUUGUGACAAAUUUUCAGGAGAUAUAUACGAGCAUGCUGUCGUUCUAAGUGUGAAGACUGAAGAUCAAGAUGCCUUUGAGAGGGAUUUCUUCCAGUUGAAGCCUUACUAUACAGAUACUAGGUAAUUAUGCUUUUCCCAUCUGAAAGCUUAGCUUCUUUGGCUACUUUUGUUGGGUUCUACCUUGGCUAUGAUGCGUCAUGCAAUUUGAUUUCCAUACAAAGAACUGUCCAUAAUGUGGAUAUCAUGCAAGCUUUAUUAACAUGAAUCGGUUGUAUGGGUCCCAUGCACACUCUUUCCUUGAUGAUUUCUCUAAUCUCCUAUUUGUAUCAUGGGUUGACUUGUUCUUCAUCAAGCCAAGGUCCUUUUUCUUUGUGCUCUUAUUUAAUACGUGGAUUAAUCUUGACAAAUGUAAGGGCUUUAUAUCAAACCAUUUAUGUGGUAUUCAAGAGCUCUGGAUCUUGAUUCUUUGUGAAGAAUAUGUUUCUGAUCGGGAGGAGGAGAGUUGGGGCUACUUUAUCAAGCUGAACGCCUUUCUUUCUUUCUUUCUUUGGGUGGUUGUGUGGGAGGACUGGGCCAUGUAGAGUGAAACGGGCACCAUUAAGAGGAAAAACAUGCGGUUUAGAGCUGGGAUCUGGAUCAUCUAGGAUGUGGUAUUCAAGCAUCAGAAAACUUGCGGUCUAGCGCACUGAAGAACGAGAGAAAGGGAACCCAGCAGCUGGAAUCGUAACUUUUCAGUGGAAUUGCGUCUAGUUUGCCUUGUCAAGAAUAGGAUGUCUAACCGAGCUUGAUAAGAAUGGAAAUUGGAAAUGAUCUAUAUACCACAAUAAAUGGCAAAUCAUCUGACAGUGCCAAGAAUUUAACAAGGAAGAACUUUAUAUGUGGUCAUUAACGAUUUUUCCUAGACAAGUUUAGAGAGGGGUCCUCCUUGAAUUGUUGCUUUCUGUUCUUAAUGUGCAUUGGGGUGCCUAUCAGGUUUCUUCUGUUCAGUGCCUUCUUAUCAAAGUUACUUCAUGCAUUUUCUAGCAUAAUUAAGCGUUAAUCUUCAGCACUAACUGCGUUCGUGGCUUGGUUUAUUCAGCGGGAUCAUCCCCCCAUCUCCUCAGGAGUACCCGAUCUUGGGGCUUAAUCUUCUGAGGCUCCUGGUCCAGAAUAGAAUCGCAGAAUUCCACACAGAGCUUGAGCUGCUUCCGACAAGUGCAUUGGAGAACCCUUGCAUUAAGUACGCCGUGGAGCUGGAACAGUCGUUCAUGGAGGGUGCCUACAAUAGGGUCUUGAGCGCCAGGCAGGCUGUUCCACAUGAGAGCUACGUCUAUUUUAUGGAUCUUCUUGCAAAGACCGUCAGGUAUUAUUAAUUAUUAUUAUUAUUUUUAAUUUUAUGCAUAGAUUAUGAUCGCCCAUUUGUAUGCCUAUGGUUUUUCUUUUAAUAUUUCAGAGAAUGUGGCCUCUCUCUCUCUCUCUCUCUCUCUCUCUCUCUCUCUUUCAGGGAUGAAAUAGCUGGUUGUAGCGAGAAGGCUUAUGAUCAUCUGUCCAUUGCUGAUGCAAAGAAGAUUCUGAUGUUCUCCUUGGAUCAAGAUCUUGCGACCUACAUCUCGGAGGUAAAUCUUCCUAUCAACUGUAUUGUAUUGAGAGAAAUGUGUCCGUUAAUCACACGGGUUAGGCUCGUAUCCCGUCUGGUGCCAUUGACCAGAGUGUUAAUCACGUGGCUCGUUACUAAGAUUUGAGGAUUUUACUGAAAUAUUCCAUUAGUAUUAUAUAUAUAUAUUAAUUUCAUAAAUUUUAAUCUAACCCACUAGAAACCAGUCUACCAGGGGUAUCUUCCACCAGUUCCGAUUCUCACUAGGCCCAAAUCUCUUGCAUGAUACAGGAGCGCCCCGAGUGGGAGAUCAGAAGCGGCUGUGUGUUCUUCCAGAAGGCGAGGGAGUCGGCCCCCAGCAAGGAGAUACCUUCCCUGCAGCUUAUCAACCAGACCCUGAGCUAUGCCAGAGAACUGGAGAGGAUCGUCUAG